AUGGACGAUGUGUUGGAUUAUGUUAAAUCAGACAAGGUAAACAUAUCUAGUUAUCUACAAGAAUGUGAAGAGUGUAAAAAAUUAGGUUCUAUACAUAAAUACAUUCGUAGAAUUGUUAAAAAUUAUAAGGACAAUGAAAAUCAUUUUAACCAAGAAUUUGGCAAUGAUUAUUGCAGGUACUUUACAUACUGGUUAUAUAAAGAAAAGAAUGAGUAUAAUACAAUUCGUAGUUUGUCGCUUAAUAUAUGGAAUGAUUGCAUUCCUUGUGUAUGGAGAAAAUUAGAAAAAGAAAGAAAAAUUUAUGAUAAACCAUGUAAUUUCGACGAUGAAAAUAUUUCUUAUGGUUUAGUUAACAUCAAAAAAACACUAGAAAAUAUGUGCAUAAUUAACCAGAAAAUGGAGCUAAUGGAAGAUAUAAUGUCUGAUAGUAAAAAGUGCAUAUAUUUUAAUGAAAAGAGGAACACAGACUUGAGACAUAUGUUAAUGUAUAUCUCAACUAUUUCCAGUGAUACCAUACUGAAGAGAAAUUAUUUCGAAAUCGAUAGCAAUUGUUCUCUAAAAAAGGUAGGAUCUCUGUUCGGAAAAAUAGAUUGUCCACCAGAUAAAAGUACCGAAUGCCCAGAACAAAAGGAGUGUGAUUAUCCACCACAAAAAAUUGAAAAAGUUUGUUCACCAGAGGUAUGUAAAGAUCUCAAUACAAUUUGUAAGCCAUAUUGUGCACCACCUGAAUGUAAACCUAAAACAAUAAUUCAAACUGCUUGUCCAGAACAACCAAAAGAUGUACCACGUGCAAGCGAAGAACAACCAGAAAAUCCAGCUAAAAAUCCAUAUCUCCAACUUCCUGUCACUGUUUUUAGUUCAGUUAUUGGAACAAUCCUUUUUUUCCUUUUUUUAUAUAAAUUCACGCCCUUUAGAUCUUGGUUUCUCAACCGCAUAGGAAGCACGAAAACAUUAAAACAUAAAAUAAAGCAAGAUAUGGAGCGAGAAUUUUUAGGAGCACCUUUUCAACCUCCAUAUAGGGACGAUCAAAACAGUAGACCGCGUGUAGGAUAUUCACAGAAUUAA